UUGCGCGCAGUAGUCGAUACCGAGAAUUCAAGGGAAGAGUCAAAAAGGCCUAGCACUGCAAGCCACCCGUCGCCUGUCAACUGCCAUCACAACUGUAACUGCUGCAUCUUAGAUGAUAAAUCAACGCGCCGACAUCAACCACCAAAACAUCCUUUCAGCAUCCGUACGCGAUCUUCACCACCAGCAUCCUAUUAAUCGCGUUUCUUCCACAUCCAACGACCUUUGUCGUUCACGCAAUCCUCAAUUUUGAAUGUCACUAUGGACGCCAGGCCUUUUCGACCGCGUGGCGCAGAAAACGCUCCCCAGCUUCAACAAUCAAACAAGUCUUCAGGAAAUCUGGCCAUGGCCAACACAAACACAGCAGCCGGUUUCCGUGGCCCAGCGAAGCGAGCCGCCUUCGGCGAUAUGACCAAUGUUAGCAAGCAGGCUGUAUAUACUCGCGAUGAAGGCAAAUCGAUGAAGAUUUACACAUCGAAUGGCGUGAACAACAGCCACGGCGGCGCGCCUCUGAACAAGGAGAACGCUGUCUAUAGCAAAGACUCCUUCUCUCGCCCCGCCCAAAGGUUACCCAACAUCUCGUCAACACGGACCGUCCUAGAAAAUAAGUCAUCUGACGCGAAUAAGAAGACAUCACGUAACAACGUUCAAGAAACUUACGCCAGGAAAGAUACCCACAAUGCAACCAAAGCUCCUGCUCCGUCAGCUCAGAAUGCCCCUGCUCUUCAGCCUCGUCACUACAAGAGCCAACCUCAUCUCAAAUCUCAGCAACAACAAGCUAGUCUGCGCCGCACCCAAAGCAAGCAGUUGGAAAAGAUAGUGCCAAAAGCGGAUGUUGAGCUGGGCUCUAAAUCCUCUAAUCCUGCUGUAAUGUCGCUGCAGGAGGCUGAUUAUCCCUACGACCAAGGUGCCUAUCUUGAUUCUAUGUAUCUUCCCAUCGAGACUGGUGUCGACCUGGAUAUGCUUCAGAAGGAGGAGUAUCCCGAGUCACACAUCAAGCUGCCUGAGAUAUCCGAGGAAGAACCCAUUGUUCCUAUCUCUUAUGACGCUUCUGUUCCUGCCAUGUCAGAGCCUGAAGAGUGCUGGGAGGAGGCUGAUGACGAAGACUUUGAUGAUCAGGAUCAAGCGUACACAACGGCGCACUCAGCUCGCUCUCGGGAUAUGACUGCUGGAGGCGCUACAGAAAUUGUUCCACUGCCUCGCGUGACAGCUCGCGUUCAGCGUGAACUUGAGGACGCACGUGAAGAGGUGGAGCGCACUCGCACACGAGACGAGGUUGAAGAAGAGCUCUGGGAUGUCAGCAUGGUUGCCGAGUAUGGUGACGAGAUUUUUGGGUAUAUGCGUGAGCUUGAGAUCAAGAUGCUUCCAAACGCGCAUUACAUGGAUAACCAAACCGAGAUUCAAUGGUCAAUGCGUUCAGUCCUGAUGGACUGGCUUGUACAGGUUCACAACCGAUUUGGUCUCUUGCCCGAGACACUUUUCCUGACAGUCAACUACAUCGACCGUUUCCUGUCCCAGAAGAUCGUCUCAAUUGGCAAGCUCCAGCUUGUAGGCGCCACCGCAAUCUUAGUAGCCUCUAAGUACGAGGAGAUUAACUGUCCUUCUUUGGGUGAGAUUGUUUACAUGGUUGACAAUGGGUACACUGCCGACGAGGUCCUGAAGGCCGAGCGUUUCAUGCUUAGUAUGCUGAGCUUCGAGCUGGGUUGGCCAGGGCCCAUGAGCUUCUUGCGACGCGUUAGCAAGGCUGACGACUACGAUCUCGAAACUCGAACUCUGGCCAAGUACUUCCUGGAAUUGACCAUCAUGGACGAGCGUUUCGUGGCAUCCCCCCCUAGCUUUCUGGCUGCGGGUGCACAUUGUCUUUCUCGACUCAUUCUCAAGAAGGGUGACUGGACUAAGCAGCAUGUCUUCUACUCGGGCUAUACCUGGAGUCAAUUGAAGAACUUGGUGACGAUGAUGAUUGAAUGUUGUGAUCGUCCGGACCAGCACCACGCCGCCGUCUUUGAAAAGUAUACGGACCGCCGGUACAAGGGAGCGUCUUUGUUGGUGCAGGAAGCUCUCGAUACUGGCUUCACUCUCCCUCACCAGCUAUCUCCUGUUCGCCAAGAGCUUCAAGGAUAUCGCGAAAGUAGUGCUGAGCUGUCGAUCGCGCAGCCCCAACUCAUUCCUAUUGAAGGUUAAGAAGCCAUCAUCACCCGGUUGACUUAUGCUUGUGACUGGUUGUUUCUGGUACAUGGCGCCUGUCAACCUCUCGCCAUUUCUUCCCUUAUGCAGCUUGGUGCUGAGCAUUGCGGCCUGCCACACC